UCUCACGAGCCCCUGAUCUGCCGGUGCUUGCUCUGCGGACUGAGCCGGGAGAUGCCGAGGGCUCCGGUGGGGUCCGCCCGUACCCGGCCCGUGCGCAGGGAGCUCGGGCUCCAGCGAGGAGAGGCGCUCCAAGCCUCCUCGCAGCUUUCAGAACCCCCAGCUCAGAUAAAGAAGGAGAUGCCUGGUGUGGGCACACUGGGAAGGGCUGGAAUCUCUCUCCCCCGCAUGUGCCUUCCCACGGCUGUCUGGCAUUCGAAAAACAGGCAAAACAGGCAAAGCAGGCAAGGAAAUGCGGGGUGGGAGUGUGGUGCAGUGAUUACAUCCAGGUCUGCUCCAGGCCUUUGGGGAGAACCUGGGAUCUUCGGACUGGAGGGCCGGGAAUCUGCAACGGCGGCGGAAGCGGCCCUCGCCUCCGGCUCGCCUGGUCCUGCCAGGGAAUGGGGUAGCGGCUCCAGCGCGGGCAGCGCUUCCCUGGCACCGCUUAGCUGGGUCAGGGCUGCUGCAGGCCAGGUCCCGCGGUCCCCUCUCCUAGCGGGGCACCGAAACAUCCACGGCUUCACACUCCUGGUUCUUCUCCCCACGACUCUCUCACCCUCACCUCCUGCAACACUAGUUCCGAUCCUGCACACUGAUGGACACAUGUCAGCCUGA